GCCCGGUUUCGGAAGGGCAACACGCAACCAACAAAACUUUUUUUUAAAUUGAGCUAGCUACGACAUUAAUUUCCCCCCACACGAAGACAGUCAUCAUAAUGACUUCGACGAACAUGUUUUCAGGACUCGAUAAUGGCGCAAAGCCAAGUUCAAGAGUUCUGCGUCCCCCCGGAGGUGUCUCCAGCGACCUGUUUGGUGGCUACGAGGGAGAAGCAGCUGCGUCGAGACGGCCCCACAAGAUGGCCUCCAACCUUUUCGCCCCACCAGAGCCACAGGGUGUCAUCAGGCGAACCAACCCCCCAGGGGGUAAAAGCAGUGGGAUAUUUGGUUCUCCAGAUGCCCCAGCCGAGCAACGGAGACCCGUACCCCCAGGCGGCAACACCAGCAACAUCAUCUGGGGGCUAGAGAGCGCCCCUCCCUCCGACAAAGCCCAUUCCAACAAGCCAAAGGACAACAUUUCUGUGGGUGAAAGUCCCAUGCCCAUACCCGAGCCCCCAGCUCCUCUGCCGAAGGGGAGCCCGGCCAAGGAGGUGAAGGAAGAGAACGUCGCCUCCCCUCCCCCCACUCCCACCAAAGCAGCGGUGGAGACUGCGCCUGCUCCCUCUAUCAAGAAGCCAGAGACCUCCCUUAGUGAACUCUCACUGAAGGACCACGAGCCCCACCUCGGCCCCCGCCCCCGCUCCCACAACAAGGUCCUUAACCCCCCAGGAGGGAAGUCUAGUGUGGUGUUCUACUGAUCCAGCUCCUCCAUCCCAUCUAUUCAUGUAUGCAUCCCAAAUGGCACCUUAUUCCCUAUAUAAGUAAGUAACCCUUGUCCGAGCCAGAACGGCACGUAGGGCAGGAGCCCAUCUCUUGUUUCUGUAGCGUGAGGCUGCUUGAUGUACAAGUACACCCCCUGGACAGGACAAGUUUAUGGUCCCUGGUCAAAAUUAGUGGACUGUAUAGGAAACGGAGCCAUUUGGGAUACAACCCAUGCACACCACUAUUCUCUGUUCUGUUCAUUUUCCCUUUUCACUCUGUCCUUCCAUGUCUUGCACUUUUUAAUCUAACCCAUUCUUGACCUAACCUCCCCCUGUUCAUUUUAGUUUCUUUAGAUUAUUUUCUUCCUGCUUGAUAGCAACAUGAUCUCAAUCAUUUUUACAGGCUAAAUUCCUGUCCAAUCAUUCAAAAUGGUUAAAUUCCCGAUUCAUUGCAAGGGUUCUAUUUCUUGCUGUAAAUGUUAUUUUUUGUAUUACAUGGUUUUAAAUGUUGUGUUUAUUACAAAGGUUAAUUUAGUCAAUCACUGGCAUCUAUUUGUAAUUCCGAUUAUGACUCAGCAGUGUAUCUGUGUCGGCAUUGAGAUCUGUUUGUUGCCCAUGCAAACGGUUGUCAUAGUAAGCCCUUAAGUGAUCAAAAUCCCUCUUUACUGUCAGUUUGUUAAGAGUAACAGGUAUCCCUAUAUCAUGCUCAUUCAGUUUUCCAUUUCAUCACACUCCUUUUCUCUCUCCACUAAUAAUCAAACCUAUCUUGUUUCUGUCUGCAGCCAGAAACAAACUCCUGUUCAGGGAAAAAAAGCAAAACAUCGACUAACUAAUGAAUGCAAAGCAAAGAGCUAUGGGCAGCACCCAUGAUGCAUUGCCCACCCCCAAAGUUCUUGUUCUGUGGAAGAAAUUCCACUAUGGUUUUAUAUAUCUCCCGUGCAAAUGGCUGAAUGUGUUGUGGUUGUUCCCUGCUCUGUUACCAUUGCUUGCUGUUAUCAGAGGAUUGUAUCCACUCGGGGAGGCCUCUGUUUUAAAUUAAAACGUCUGCUGUACACAAGUGAACUCUGGAAUAGUAAAUGACUGGUCAAAAUACGGAUGGGGACUUGGGAGACGCUAAGGAACCCCUAGCCACCCAUACACCGCACCACGUUCCAGGCUGCCUACGUAGCAGUCGUGCACCAUUUCUUACAACGCCCGGAUAAGCGUUUUAACAUGUCAGUAGUUUCAAGUCAACGUAUAAACCUUUUAAGACUUUGGUGAGUUCAGCAUUAUAUUAAAGGCUGUGCGUGAUGACUUAGUGCAAAUCAACAUUUAUUUUGCCAUUAAAUUCCCAUGUACUAAAUAAAAAGUACAAGUUAAAUGGGACCUUCUUUACUCAAAAAAAUGUUGGAUGGAAGCCUGGUUAAUAACUGCAUCAACUGACUAGAUGGCGUGGUAUUAAAUCAUUCAGUGAUUUGUGCACUGUGGUCGGUUUGUAGGCAGUCUGGAACGCGCCCCUGUUCAAGGUCUCCUGGUGCCAUCUUAACCCCUGCGUGUUGGAGUGCCUGGCAGGCAAAGUUCACAGCAGAGGAAAAGCAAAAAUAACCUGUGUAUUGCAAUAAAACUUAUUCAGACUAUUUUCAGGACUUCGGUAUUGGUGGUGUCAAUAUAUUGAUUAAAUAAUGGAAUCAUCACAAUUUGCAAUUUCAGCCUAAGGGUUGUAUUUAUUAGUGCAUACUGUAGCAAAGGUUUUGUGGUGAAAAACAAGUUAUUUUUAGUUCAGGUAGUCCCUCCAUUUUGGCCCUUUUUAUUAUUUUUUUUAGUGAAUACAAACCAGAUGAAUACAUUGGGAGGGUUCAUCCUCUGUUAGCGUUUUGAAAUGGGAUAUCUGGCACACCCCUUAUAUUGUAGGUGUUGUCAAUUCCCAAUGCAAGAAAUGUCAUGAUGGAGAUUCCAUUCAUUGAUUCUUUAGUUUAUGUUCAAUCAACCUUGAACAACUAUAAAAUGGAAGUACUUUGAGUUUACAUGUGAUUGUUUUUAUUGCUGUGUUUAUGGCUGCUGUAUGCUAAUUUCCCCCUUUGGCGGUUGCUGAAGUCAAAUUUACCCUUGUGUAAUGUCAAGGCAUGCUUGAAUAUUCUAAACACAAACUAGGCCUUUAUCACUAUAAUAUAAUCACAUGUAUUUUUGCCCUACCCUUAGUGAUGCCUUUGUGUGGCUCUGCUCAUGGCCUUUAACUUCUGUUGGAGUAAGAUGGUUCCUCUCACAUGACACAUGUCUCAUGGAGUUACGCCGGCCACCCUCACGUGAAUAGAGGCAGUCUGAUAUGUCUGCUUGGCCUUGGGAAUUUGGGCUGCUUUUGAGAUCAAUUGAGAGAGUUUACAACUUAUUUCCAUUCACUGUCAGUACCAUUGUACAUGUUUGGCAUUAUGACAUGACAAGGAGUUGCAUGAUGGCACAAACAUACUGGUAUCUAGACUAGCCACAAGGAGGAUAUAGUUCCAACUUGGACCACCAGAGGGUGCUGCUUUACAAUACCAGGACCUGACAAAUAAUGCUGAACCAGUGGAGGAGGAAGGGAAGGACCAUCCUCAGUGAAUUUAAUAAAAACUUGUGU